AUGUGCACUUUGGCGCUUCGAUUCGUCGUUAUACCUUCAGCGCUUACCGAAUCACAAGGAAUUAAGUCGAGAUCCAAAAGAUAUUUGUUAUUCACAAAAUCGACUCAAUUUGGAGUAUUUGCAACUGUAUCUGUCCCUCUGCACCCUGACUCCACCGUGAGUGUCGCGUGGUUCUUCGAAGCUAAUUAUUAUAAUGUCGAUAAUGCUACAUAUUUUGAACCACUGCUUGGGGAUAUUGAUACCAUUUCAAGAGGUAGAAACGGCCGCAGCACGGAUGGGACGAGAAAAGGUUUAGCGAGAAAAUAUGUUUACGUCACCCUUGAAAACAUGUUGGAAAAGCACGGUUUCGAGGGUCGCGCCUGCCUAUUACGAGCAAUAUGUGAAAGCACUACGUCACAUUUUUUACAUAACGGUGUUUUGGGAGACAUUUUGCAUCUCGUUCUCACGCCUUCAACUUCAAUGUUGGAAGAAGACCUCGAAGACUGCUACUACGAAGCGGAGUAUCUCGGAUUAGAAGACCAUUGUGAUUACUACGCCCACGAAUGUCCUUCAAGUCCAUUGCAUUAUAUUUCUUUACAUCGUUCAGGAAAUAAGUCUGCAAGUAGCGAAUUCCACACCUUAACCGUUCGCACAUAA